GCUCCUCUCAAACCAUCCCGCCAUACACCACCACAGCCCCACUCGUAGAGAGCACGCGCACCGGACACGCACGAAGUCUCCUCGACCAGCGAGCAAUGGCGACCACCGCGAUGGCGCUCUCCCCCUCGUCCUUCGCCGGGAAGGCGGUGAAGGACCUGCCGUCGUCGGCGCUCUUCGGGGAGGCGCGCGUCACCAUGCGCAAGACCGCGGCCAAGGCCAAGCCGGUGUCGUCCGGCAGCCCGUGGUACGGCUCCGACCGCGUGCUCUACCUCGGCCCGCUCUCCGGCGACCCCCCGAGCUACCUCACCGGUGAGUUCCCCGGCGACUACGGGUGGGACACCGCGGGGCUGUCGGCCGACCCCGAGACCUUCGCCAAGAACCGGGAGCUGGAGGUGAUCCACUGCCGGUGGGCCAUGCUGGGCGCUCUCGGCUGCGUCUUCCCCGAGCUGCUCGCCCGCAACGGCGUCAAGUUCGGCGAGGCCGUGUGGUUCAAGGCCGGCUCCCAGAUCUUCAGCGAGGGCGGCCUCGACUACCUCGGCAACCCCAGCCUCGUCCACGCGCAGAGCAUCCUUGCCAUCUGGGCCUGCCAGGUCGUGCUCAUGGGCGCCGUCGAGGGCUACCGCGUCGCCGGCGGCCCGCUCGGCGAGAUCGUCGACCCGCUCUACCCCGGCGGCAGCUUCGACCCCCUGGGCCUCGCCGAUGACCCCGAGGCAUUCGCGGAGCUCAAGGUGAAGGAGAUCAAGAACGGCCGCCUCGCCAUGUUCUCCAUGUUCGGCUUCUUCGUGCAGGCCAUCGUCACCGGCAAGGGCCCCCUCGAGAACCUCGCCGACCACCUCGCCGACCCCGUCAACAACAACGCCUGGGCCUUCGCCACCAACUUUGUGCCCGGCAAGUAAGCUGCUAGGUCUUGUAGCAACGAUCGAGUGUCUAGAAACUGAUCGACCGUGCACGUACGUACGUACGCGAUGAAGCGUGCGCAUGCAUGCAUGCACCUGGUUUCGUUUGUACAACCAUGAUGUAAAGUACGAAGGUUGAAUGCAAAAGUCUGUUGCUAGAA